CGAGAGAGACAGAAGACCUAGUCUGAGAGCAAGACUGAGAAAAGGAGGCAUUCAAACAUAAAAGUUGCUCAGGAUCAAACCAUAAGCCGUUUUCAUUAUUGAUUUUUAAUUUUGCGAGUUUCUUUCACUCUUUGACCAUGAGGCACAAGCAUCUGCUGAGUCUGGUUCUUCUGUUAGCACUGACAGAGAACAUCCUGAUGCAAACACCCUGCGUACUUGGAUAUGUAAAGCGCAAGGGAAAGUGUGUAGAUGACGAUGAGUGUGUGUCUCAACCAUCCAUUUGUGGAGAAAAUGCAAGAUGCUUCAACACUGACGGCAGCUACUACUGUCAAUGUCAUGAAGGAUUCACACCUCUUUCAACUCAUAAUUUCACACAAGCGGAUUCAAUUUCAUGCAAAGACAUCAAUGAAUGUGUGGAUGGCAGCGCUGAUUGUGGUCCUAAUGCAGAAUGUGUCAGUUCUGAAGGAGGUUAUAAUUGCACGUGUGCAACUGGCUACAUUUCCAGCAAUGGAAAAGAAAUAUUUAAUUCAGGACAAGGAGUUCAGUGUAUUGACAUCAAUGAAUGUGUGGAUGGCAGCGCUGAUUGUGGUCCUAAUGCAGAAUGUGUCAGUUCUGAAGGAGGUUAUAAUUGCACGUGUGCAACUGGCUACAUUUCCAGCAAUGGAAAAGAAAUAUUUAAUUCAGGACAAGGAGUUCAGUGUAUUGACAGAGAUGAAUGCAAUGAUCCCAGUUUUUGUGGAAAACACGCAUCAUGUCAUAACACUGCUGGAGGUUUCUACUGCAUCUGUGAUGCUGGAUUCAGACUAAAGUCAGGAGAAACUAACUUCACUGAUACAAGUGAACAAUGCGAGAGUGUAUGUGACGUUGAUAAAUCUAUAUGUGGAGGAGGAGUCUGCAAAAACAGCAAAGACGGUCAUGAAUGUUUGUGCAGCUUAGGAUUCACCAACUAUGGUCACAAACAAAUGAAAUGCACAGAGCUAAAGUGCGACAGAUUAUUUCGUGAGAGCAAAGCAUCCCAGGCAUCUCCAGAGUUCACAAAACUUGUCUCUUUGAUGACCAACAGCUGUCUGAUACUGAAUCAGAGUGAUUCUGUCAGCAUGAAGCAUUUUACACAAGGGGACGGAGAAAGAUUUUUGCAGGCAUUUCUAAAUGCUCUAGAUGAUCUGCUUCGUGGUGGCUUCAAUGGUGAUAAUCAUAUAAUCUCAGCAUUGUUUAGUAUUGUGAAAAGCAUGCUAAAACUGAUAGGACCUCAGCUGUCACUAAACCAGACCAGGAGAGUAAGCGCUGAAACUGAUGUGGAGCUGUUAGUAAAGAGGGGCAAUUCUCCACCUGAGGGUCAUUUCAUGAUGAAUACUAGUGGAGCACAACUGACCUCCAGCUGGGACACAGCAACAGGAAAUACAUACCUCGGCUUUACGACUGCAGCUCUCCUCAGCUACAAAGGUCUGGAGGAAUCACUCAAUGGCUAUUUUAACCAUUUAGAGACACAGCAAAAGCAAACUUUCAAGAUCAAUUCAAAAGUAGUAACUGCCACUGUUAGUAACAAAGAGACAGACAAUCUAACGAAACCAGUAAAUCUCACGUUUUAUCACUUGGAGAAAAAGAAUGAGAAGCAUAUGUGUGUGUUUUGGGAUCCUGAACUGGAAGGGGGCGCGUGGUCAACACGUGGCUGCACUACAGUGAGAUCCAGUGCCGAUCAGACCGUCUGCUCCUGUUCUCACCUCAGCAGCUUUGCUGUGCUUAUGGCUCUCUAUGAUAUUGGGGAUGUAUACGAGCUGCGUCUGGUCACACUGGUGGGACUGCAGCUGUCUCUGAUCUGCCUCCUCAUCUGCAUUGUCACGUUUUAUUUCGUGCGAUCCAUCCAGAGCACACGCAACACCAUCCACCUGCACCUCUGCAUCAGCCUCUUCAUCGCCUACUUUGUGUUCCUCGUGGGCAUCACCCGCACAGAGAAUAAGGUGGGCUGUGCAGUCGUUGCAGGCAUUCUGCACUACUUCUUCCUGGCUUCCUUCUGCUGGAUGUGUCUGGAAGGAGUGCAGCUCUUCCGCAUGGUGAUGCUGGUCUUCAACACAACGCUGAGACCCAUCUAUAUGUUUGCCACUGGUUAUGGAGUUCCUGCUGUUAUCGUUGCCAUUUCAGCCACAGUGAACGCAAGUGGAUAUGGCACCGAUAACUACUGUUGGCUCAACAUUCCAGAUGGUUUCAUCUGGAGCUUUUAUGGGCCAGUUUGUGUCAUAAUUAUUGUUAAUGUAUUAUUCUUCCUCAUAACAAUAUGGAAGCUGGCAGAAAAGUUUUCCUCCCUCAACCCAGACUUAGACAGUCUACACAAAAUCAAGGCAUUUACGGUUACUGCAAUUGCUCAGCUGUGUAUCCUUGGCAUCAUGUGGGUGUUUGGCUGUUUUCAGUUUAAUGAAAACACUCUGCCAAUGUCAUACAUCUUCACCAUACUAAGCAGCCUGCAGGGGGUGCUGAUGUUCAUCCUGCACUGCUGGCUCUCAAAACAAGUGAGAGAGGAGUAUGCCAAAUUCCUGUCCUGUAUCUGUGCACCACACAAGAGGAAAUAUUCAGAGUUCACCUCAAACCAAACAAGCAAACAGCAGGCCUCCAGGAGCGAUAACCACACUGGUGAAUCACGCAUUUAAGAGGUCAUUUCCACAAACCAUUCAAUUUUUCAUCUGUUUGCAAGUUGGAGUGUCACAUUAUUUCUCUAUCUGCUUUCUGUGGAAAUGUUCAUAAAUUGUAUUUGGGGAAUUCUUCUUUUAGGGGAACUUUUUCUUUCCCUUAGGACAGGGGUAGGGCAAGUUCGGUCCUAGAGAGCCGCAGUCCUGCAGAGUUCAGCUCCAACCCUAA